AUGAGUCACCGCAAGUUCGAGGCUCCCCGCCACGGUUCGCUGGCCUACCUGCCGCGCAAGCGUGCCGCCCGUCAUCGCGGAAAGGUCAAGUCCUUCCCCAAGGAUGACCCCAAGAAGCCCGUCCACCUGACGGCCGCCAUGGGCUACAAGGCCGGUAUGACGACGAUUGUCCGUGACAUGGACCGCCCCGGCGCCAAGGCGAACAAGAAGGAGGUCGUCGAGGCCGUGACCAUCGUCGACACCCCACCUAUGAUCGUUGUUGGUCUUGUGGGCUACAUCGAGACUCCCCGCGGUCUCCGCUCUCUCAGCACCGUCUGGGCCGAGCACCUGAGCGAUGAGCUCAAGCGCCGCUUCUACAAGAACUGGUACAAGUCUAAGAAGAAGGCCUUCACCAAGUACGCCAAGAAGCACUCCGAGAGCAGCGGUGCCUCCGUCACCCGCGAGCUCGAGCGCAUCCAGAAGUACUGCACCGUCGUCCGCGUCCUCGCCCACACCCAGAUCCGCAAGACCCCCCUCAAGCAGAAGAAGGCCCACCUCAUGGAGAUCCAGAUCAACGGUGGUUCUGUCGCCGACAAGGUCAACUUCGGCCGCGGGCUCUUUGAGAAGCCCGUCAGCAUCGACUCCAUCUUCGAGCAGGACGAGGUCAUUGACGCCAUCGCUGUUACCAAGGGCCACGGUUUCAACGGUGUCACCGCCCGUUGGGGUACCACCAAGCUGCCUCGCAAGACCCACAAGGGUCUCCGUAAGGUCGCUUGUAUCGGUGCCUGGCACCCCUCCCACGUCCAGUGGACCGUUGCCCGUGCCGGUCAGCUGGGUUACCACCACCGUACCUCGGUCAACCACAAGAUCUACCGCAUCGGCAAGGGUGACGCCGACGACAACGCGUCGACUGAUGUUGACAUUACCAAGAAGACUAUCACCCCUCUUGGUGGUUUUGUCCGCUACGGUGAGAUCAACAACGACUUCGUCAUGCUCAAGGGCUCCAUCCCUGGUGUGAAGAAGCGCGUCAUUACUCUCCGCAAGUCCAUGUUCACCCACACCUCGCGCCGUGCCCUCGAAAAGAUCAACCUCAAGUGGAUCGACACCUCGUCUGAGUUCGGUCACGGUGCCUUCCAGACCCCUGCCGAGAAGAAGCAGUUCCAGGGUACCCUCAAGAAGGAUCUGGCCUCCGCUUAG